ACAUAAACAUGUAGACAGUGACUUCAGUCAGUCAAAUUCCAAAAUUUUGUUAAUUUAAAUAUAAUUACAUCUUGAAAGACAUUAGCAUAAUAAAACCAAGUUUUGUUUUUCCUAUUUCAAAGUUUAUAAUCGUCUCAGAAUAUCAUAAAUCGUUGUAUGUACUAAGAAACUAAGAUUCAGUCGUUCGGUACACGUGAAACCGUCGUGUUAGAAAAUCUAAAAUGGACUGGAAUCAUAAUGUUUGUAUCACUACAACGGGAGCAGCGCCUCAACUCUUCACGACAGCUUUAAACUUCCUGGCAGCAACACAGUGUUAUGUGCCAGACUCAAAUUAUCCAAACGAAGCAGCAUCAAGUCUAGAUUCAUUUGAUUUCAUAAUUAUCGGAGGAGGCUCUGCUGGCAGUGUUGUGGCAAACAGACUCAGUGAAAUAAGUCAUUGGAAUGUAUUACUUCUUGAAGCCGGACCCGAGCCACCCAUGGAAUCAGAUAUUCCACAUAUGGACGGUGCAUUGUACGAAAGCAAGUACGACUGGCAGUAUGUAACAAAAUGUGAUGGUAUCAGACAUCAGGGCUUAAAAGGUGGUGCAGUCAAGUGGCCUAGAGGCAAAAUGCUCGGUGGUUGUAGUUCUAUAAAUGCAAUGUUCUACGUUAGAGGAAACGAUCAUGACUUUCAGGCUUGGGUUGAUGAAGGAAACCCAAGCUGGUCACCGGAAAACGUGAAUAAUUUUUUUAGAAAAGCGGAAGGUUUUCAAGACAUGGAACUUAACCAAGAUUUUAAUAUAUAUAAUACCUAUGGGCAUGAUGGGCCACAGGUAAUAAAUACAUUUAAUACAUCGUAUGCAGAACUAGCUGAAAAUAUUUUAAACUCGUGGGAUGAUAUUGGUAUUACGAAAGUACCUGAUAUAAACGCAGCCAAGUAUCAAGGUUAUGGAUUUUGUUCAAUAUCAAGGGCAACUGCAGCUAACGGACAAAGACAAAGUACUUACAGAGCUUAUUUAAAACCUGCAACCAACCGACAUAAUCUAAAAGUUUUAACAAACGCUUUUGUUACAAAAAUUUUAGUUGAUGAUGUCGCACAAGCCUACGGUGUAGAAGUUGACGUAAAUGGACAACGAAAAGCGUUUAUUGCUAAUAUUGAAGUAAUUCUUAGUGCUGGAUCUAUAAAUACUCCCCAACUACUAAUGUUAUCUGGAAUUGGCCCUGCAGAUCACUUAUUAUCCAAGAAUAUCCCCUGUAAAGUAAAUUUGCCGUAUGUUGGCCAUAACUUACAAGAUCACCUUUUUGUUCCUAUUCCGAUUUUUGGUGAUAAACCAGGUCCAGAAUACAUACCAAACCAAAUGUUCGAUGUUUUGAAAUACUUAAAUAAUAAAACUGGAUACUUAGCUCAUUCCAGUGUAAUAAAUUUAAGCGCCUUUUUUUCUCGACACGAAGACAUGAGUUAUCCUGAAUUUCAAAGCCACCUUUUAAUAUUCAGGGCAAAUUCAUCUACUGCGAAACAAUAUUUAUCUAUUUUUAAGGAUGAUAUAGUAAACUCUUUAAUACGAUAUCAUUCGGACAAAGCACUCUACAUCUUUGCAUUUCAUUUGUUACAUCCUUUAUCGAGAGGCGUAAUAUAUUUAAAUACGUCAGAUCCAUACGAUCAUCCAAUCAUAGAUGCCAAUUAUUAUGGCGACUACAGAGAUCUUAAGAUAUCAGUUGAUGGAAUUAAGAUAUUAAGUAGUUUAGUGAACACUCCCUUUUUUAAAUCUAUUAACGCUUUUAUUCCUCGAUUGAAUUUGCCACAAUGUAAUGAAUAUGAAUUCUUAAGUAAUCUUUAUUGGGAAUGUUGCGCGACACAUAUGACUCAGACAGUGUUCCACCCAAUAGGUACAGCAAAAAUGGGUCCAGAUGCUAGAGAUUCAGUUGUAAACAAUUUCCUAAAGGUGCAUGGUGUUGAAAAACUACGUGUAAUAGACGCCAGCAUAAUGCCAUUACAAACAAGUGGCAAUACUAAUGCACCCGCUAUAAUGAUUGGAGAAAUGGGAUCCGAUAUGAUUAAAACUGAGUACCUGUCUAAGAUAUAAA